AUGCGUGGAGAGGGUCUGCCCAAGGUCCGCUGGAGCUUCUGGAUCCCUCGCCCCGCCGUUACUUGCUGCACAGCCGAACCUCCGAAGUUGUCUUCCUCCCACUGCUGUACAUGUGUGUUGCCCCCCCUCCCCAGGCAGGAACAUGAUGCCCUUGUGGAGAAACUGAAGUCUAUAGAGAAGAAGGUGAUUGUGGGAGGGGUGGACCUGCUACAGAAGGCUGAGGAACAGGAGAAGUUACUGGAGGAGUCGGCUCAUGAGCUGGCCGAGAGGAAGGCCAAGGAAGAACAACUCAGGAGAGAACUAGAAGAAAAAGCUGCUGAGAGAGUAGACAUUGAAGAGAAAUACUCCUCCUUACAAGAAGAAGCAUCUGGGAAGACCAAGAAACUGAAGAAAGUCUGGACCAUGCUUAUGGCUGCCAAGUCAGAGAUGGCAGAUCUCCAGCAGGAGCACCAGCGUGAGAUGGAGGGGUUACUGGAGAACAUCAGGCAGCUGGAGAGGGAACUCCGUCUGCAGAUGCUCAUCAUCAACAGCUUCAUUCCUAAGGAGUUUCAGGAAAUGAUAGAGAAUUACGUCACCUGGAAUGAAGAAAUAGGGGAAUGGCAGCUGAAAUGUGUAGCUUACACAGGAAACAAUAUGAGAAAACAGACCCCUCUUCCGGACAGGGACAAGACAAAGGAGCUGAGAGAUACAGACCUGUCAGGUGCAUACCUGGCCUACACGGAGGAGGGGGCCCUCAAGGCUUCCUUACCGAGACCCAAGACUGGCAAGUCAAGAUCGGGCAAGUCCAAGUCAUCCAAGUCCAAAAAGAAACAGCGUGCUUCUACAGAUAUUGAUGCACUUCUCCAGUGAGGCUUUUACCAGACUUUACAGCAUCAUGGCCAGGAUGGACAGCAACUUACAUAUACCAGCAAAGCCUGCAUGUUUUUUCAAAUCAAAUCCGUCCACAUUUGGAGAGCCACAGUUGCCUGUGUCUGAUUUUUGCAUGAUAUACUUGGAACAAGAACAAGUCAUUUUUAACACCUUUAUACAAGUCGUGUAAUGUUACAUUAACAUUACUAUUUCAUGUCUAAAAGGUCUAAAGUUUUAAGCACAAGAAACAGUAGCACUGUUUGUGUGAUUAUGAUAUCUAC